AUGGCUGAACAAGAAGUUAAACUUACAAAGAAACAAAAGAAGGCUCUUGAAUUCCGUAACAAAACCAAAAAGGACAAGACUGAAGAAUCAAAACCUGAAAACAAAGAUGACCAAAUAGAAAAAGUACCAUCUAAUGAGACAAAUGAAGAUGGUGAACCUAAAAAGAAACGUAAAACAAGAAGAGGUAAAAAGGGUAAAGGUUCCAAUAGUGCCCCAAGAUUCUUACUGUUUGUCGGGAACUUGCCUUAUGAUAUUAAUGAAACUGAACUGCUGGCCCAUUUCGCUGCUGCAAAUCCAGAUAGAAUAAGGAUUAGAACUGAAAAGGGUAUCGCAUUUUUAGAAUUUGAUGGAUCCGGUCGUGAUAUACAACAUAAGAUGGAAGUUGCCUUGCGUAUGCAUCGUUCUACUUUGAGAAAUAGAAAGAUAAAUGUUGAACUAACCGUUGGUGGUGGGGGUAAUUCCAACAAUAGAUUGGAGAAAAUCAGAGAGAAAAAUACUAAACUAUUAGAUGAAAGAAAGCAAAGACUAAAAGAGGAAAGAGCUGAAAAGGAUAAAAAGAAAGCUGCUCCAACUCCUGAAGAAAUGGGUAAUGUUCAUCCUUUGAGAGCUAAAAUGAUUGGUCGUUAA